CCUUCUCUGGAGCAGAAGAGAGAUCCCUCUUUUUCUCCUUCAGUGGCAUGAAUAAUAUCCCCAGUGCGAGAGAGAGAGCACAUCAAGAGGCAAACGAGAAGGGGAGAGAGAUAGUAGCCAGUGUGACUGAUAAGAGCGUGGCAGAACUUGUCUUCCUGACUGUAUCGUGGAAAAGAGAGAACAAGUGCACCAGUGUCAGGCUGCUGCCUGCACUACAACAACACACUCACUUACACACAAACAAACAGACAAAACCCCCACAGCCUGUCCGCACCAGAGGAAGUUCAAGGAGAAGACUGUCCUCCAAAAGGUGGGUUGGCAGAAGUUUGGCUUGUGGAUUCACACAUAUACUAUGGCUUUCAUCAAACUGAGCCUGGCUCUGUAGAGAAGUUGUGUGUUUUACCUCCAGAGGAGCUUCUCUUGUGCGUGGAGCUUGAGGCAGGAUGGAGAAGCUGUCAGGGAAAGACAAGGAGCUGAUCCGAGGCAGCUGGGAAAGCCUGGGCAAGAACAAAGUUCCUCAUGGUGUCAUCAUGUUCUCCAGAUUGUUUGAGCUGGACCCUGCGCUCUUCAGUCUUUUCCGCUACAACACAGACUGUGGUUCUCCACAAGACUGCCUCUCCAGCCCUGAGUUCCUGGACCAUGUCACCAAGGUGAUGCUUGUGAUCGAUGCGGCGGUCAGCCACUUGGACGAUCUUCACUCCCUGGAAGACUUUCUGCUCAACCUAGGGAGGAAGCAUCAGGCUGUGGGAGUCACCACGCAGUCGUUUGCUGUGGUGGGUGAGUCCCUCCUCUACAUGCUGCAGUGCAGCCUGGGCCAGGCCUACACCGCGCCGCUGCGGCAAGCCUGGCUCAACAUGUACAGCAUCGUGGUGGCGGCGAUGAGCCGAGGGUGGGCCAAGAAUGGCGAGGACAAGGCCGACUGAGGCGCACAGCGGGAGCUGCCGAGCAGCUGCUGUCAAAUCAUCAACAUGGUUGCCAUGGAAUAAGGUUGUGUAACUGCAGCACUGGGGUUUUCAGCUGCUGUACAUUUGCUCCGUGAGUGGGAUUGUUUAGCAUAGCGAAUGUAUGGUAUAGUCACACUGUCAAACCAGAUGAACCGAUUGCAGACUUUAAGUCUUCUUUGCUGUGGAUGUUUAGCUAACGGGUGACAUUGCUGUUCAACCGUGAGAGUCUGAGCAGUCAGUUUGGUACCUGAGCAACAGACUGAGGGAAAGAAAUAAAGAUAACUGUUGAGCCUCUAUGUAUAUAAUGGCUUAUACAUACAUAUAAGUGUGUAUAUAUGUAUGGAUAUAUAUAGAUUCACAUUAUAUAUACACACACUCUCAAAUGAUAGCAGUGACUGUAGUGUUUGUGAUGUAUAUUAACAGAGUUGCACACUUGUGAAAAAACAGAUAUUGCAUAUUGGCAUCACAAACUACUCAAACUGUGACUGUUACUGUGGCCAGCAAAGGCAGCUCUCUAUCUAACUGGAACACAGUGAUACUUAAAACUUGUGGGACAAGGCAUUGUGAUUUUACAGGAGAAAGUCAGAUCACUGUAAUCGUCAUCAUGACUUUUGUUGGUUAGUUGUCUCUUUUUUUAAUCCAUGUUACAAAUUAGAUUUUUGGUGUGUGACUGUUAUCUGACGUUAAGGCUACUGAAGUUAAUCAAGUUAAAUAAAUGUAAUUCACUAGCCUCGGACAAGAACUGUUACCCUCUGAUAGCUUUCUCCAGUGACUGUUGAGGUGUCUGCGUGCACCGUAAUCAAUGUGGUGUGCGAUGCUCUCCUCUGCUGAGGUUCUGAGUAUAGAAAUGACUGUUAAACUCUAACUAAUAGACUGUUAUGUGACUUUCAGCGUCAUAUUAGAGGAACUAUAUAAUCUUUGUUAAUUGGCUGGCAGUUUCCAUUUCUUGUUAGUGUGAAGUAGUUUUGUUGUACAGUACUUGCUUAUCUUAUAUUGCUUACUAACCGCAUUGUUGUGGCUACAAAUGUCGUAUUACCUCGACUCAAACGUAGAAGAAAAUCCGAGCAGGCUGGUUUUCCAUCGCACAGCUUCUGUGAAGGCUGAAGAAUUUCCUUUAUCUUAACUACCACAAAACAAAGACUGCAGAGGAAAUGUGUGUGGAAACUGUCCAAUAUCUAUGUAUCAUUAUAAUUAUUAUUGUUGUUAUUAUACUGCCAAAACGGUGUCUGUACCAAUCACAGCUGUUAUUCAUGUGCAUGGCCAGAAUCCCAAAUAACUCAACAACAGUGCACCAAGUACGAGAUAGUGACAUAAUUUAGUUGUAAAUCUAAGCUGCUGACAUGUGGUUAUUAUUAGUCUGAGUUUAUAUUUAUAAAGUUUAUUUUUCUAUUAUAAAGUGUAUUUAUUGUGAAAGAGCAUAGAUUUAUCUCCCAAAUUUCACAAAUAGUAUAUUCUGAAAAUAUACCGGUUCAUCAUAUUAUGUGUGGAUUCCAGCUAACAAACCCCAUACAUGUCAACAAAAUGGUUAUUUAUUUUGUUUUGAUUGGCUCUUAUGGAAUCAGAAUCAUAGAGCUAUUUUAACUAAAUGUGCAAUACUUACAGAAAAUGAUCAAAGCAGGGUUUUCUGUUAAGCUGUGUUAUCACUACAUAUUUUGUUCUGUCUUUACGUUCCAGCCUACAAAUGUAAUGUUUGUUCAUUUGCUAUGUAGGUGGUGUAUUUAUGGUGACUCUUUUCUUAGUACCAGUACGCAGCCCUAUGCAGGUUGUUUUCCUCCACGUGUUUGUUUGUUAUUAACUUAUAGUGAGCAUUUAUAGCCAAGAAGACAGACAACCGAUUCCUUAACUUUGGAACAUCCAGAUGUGUACAUAUUGGGUGUGUCACUGUCUACCUCAUCAUUAUCAGCUGCUAUUCAACAGUGAUGACUUCAUCUAGUUAUCCUUCUACCAAAAAACGCACACUAUUAUUGGAGUUAGUACAAGCACACACUCUUUGUAAACCGGGUUUCAUCCUACACUUUGAAGAACAUGUUAAAUGUUUAAUUGAUACUAAAUAAAGUGAUCCGUGGCUAAUUUUGU